AUGCAGACCCUGGCGCUGCAAUGGGCAGCCUUCACCGGGGAGGGUCUGAGGGGUCUUGGCGUGGAGAUUCUGCGUAAUAGAAACCCGCUGAGGCGCCCCCCCUCCAUUCUCUUCUACAAAUAUUCUCGAAAAUGCAGAUUCCUCUACUUCGGCUGCAAUGCGGUAUGUCUCCUCCCUGAAAACUUACCCGCCAAUUCGCUAACCCGUCCCAAAACAGGCGUCAAUAGUUACGAUUGGGGCAAGGUCGGCCAAGAGUCGGCAGCAGCUCGGUAUGCCGCCACCACGGCUGCCCCGGAUUUCAAGGUCGAAGAUGACAAGCCAUAUGCAGAGUUGUGGAUGGGCACUCAUCCCUCUCUACCCUCGAAAGACGUCGAGACCCAGCGCUCCCUCCUCGAUCUCGUCCAGGAUAACCAGGCUCUCCUAUCGACCGAAAUCAGCGAGCGAUAUGGCAGCCGCCUUCCAUUCUUGUUCAAGGUGCUCUCCGUCCGCAAGGCUCUGAGCAUUCAAGCCCACCCCAACAAGAAGCUGGCCGAGCAGCUCCACGCACGGGAUCCUAGAAACUAUCCCGAUGACAACCAUAAACCCGAGAUGACCAUUGCCGUCACGCCGUUUGAAGGACUUUGCGGCUUCCGCCCACUCGCCGAGAUCACCCAUUUCCUCCAAGCUAUCCAGCCCCUCCGUACACUCGUUGGCACCCAAGCUGCCAGCGACUUUGAACAGGCCGUCAAGGGCAACGAGGACUCGGAAGAUUCGUCGGUCGAGACCGCCUGCAAGGAACUUGUUGCACUCGCGAAGAGCUCCCCGGACAGCUUCGGUACCCUUCCCAGUGAGGUCGAGACCAACCCGACCAACCCAGGCGAGCUGGCCGAGAUCAUUGGCCGACUUGAUCAGCAGUUCCCCAACGACAUUGGAUCAUUUGUUUUCUUCUUCCUUAACUUCGUUAAGCUCGAGCCCGGCGAGGCCAUGUUCCUCAAGGCCGACGACAUUCACGCUUACGUUUCGGGAGAUAUUAUCGAGUGCAUGGCUUCUUCCGACAAUGUUGUUCGCGCUGGCUUCACCCCCAAGUUCAAGGACGUCGAUACUCUGACCAAGAUGUUGACCUACUCGUACGCCCCUAUUGAGGAGCAGAAGCUCCGACCAACAGACUACCCAUAUACUAUCCUGAAUGCGACAGCGUACUCGAGUGCCUCCGAGUCUAUGCUUUACGACCCCCCGAUCGAGGAGUUCAGUGUUGUCAAGACCGACUUGAAGCGUACUGGCGCCAAGGCGACCUUUGACCCCAUCGAGGGCCCCAGUGUCAUCAUCUGCACUCGUGGCAACGGAACUAUUACCGUCGGAAGUAAGACUGAGGAGGUGCGUGAGGGCUAUGUUUUCUUCGUUGGCGCCACUGCUGAGUGUAUCAUCCAAAACACUGGCAGUGGGGAGGGCGAGGAUGAUGUCUUUACGACAUUCAAGGCGUUCUGCGAACUGGACGGUAAGGAGGACUUGACCAAUGGCAACUAG